GAAGUUGUCUGCUGGCAAAGUGGUGAGGGUCAGCGAGGUGGAGAGUCCCCUGGACACGGCAGCAGAGAUGGACUUUGUUCGCUUCUACACAGCCCUGAUGUACAACGGGGAGACAGUCGUGGAAAAAUCCGGCAACCACAUGGGCUUCAUCCGCUUGGAUGGCUUGGAAGUUGGUUCUCUGCACAAGUUCUCCAUCAUCGAAGGAGGCCUCUGUGUGCGGAGGGACUAUCGCCUCCCACGCUGCACCAUGCCGCCGGCCAUCGUGACAUCGAUGGAGCCUGUCCCUGUCUUCAAAGGUGGGCACUACUUCGAGGUCUCCGUGCAGAGCCUCUUCCAGUCUAUCUCAUCCGCCGACAGGCCAAGAGUGCCCGAGACUAUUGGCCGCAGCGCAG